CAACCAUCAAACUCAUUGAAGCCAACAAGACAUCUUGUCUGGUGUACUAUGAUAUAAACAACGGGAAUCCAUUGCCCAUUAUUGUUUAGUAUCUUUCACAAUAUUGCUACUGAUGGUUUCUUAGGCUCUGUCGCAAUAUUUGUAGAAUUUCUAUUUCUCCUUUUAGGACCUUUUUUUUCCAAUGUCCUUCAUCUCCGCAGAUAAAACAAGCUUUGUUCUUAUCAAACUUUUGCUUUGGCUUGGAUCUUCCCCUGCCUUUAGAUUUUUCUCUCUAUUGAUUUGAUUUUCUCUAGUGUUUUAAAAGAGAUCUACCAUUUGUUAAAAUUUUGAAAGUAUAUUUUAGAAAUGUCAAAUGGCACGUUUUAUAUAUUAUUAAAAUGUAGAGAAUAUCUUGGAAACUGUAAAACACCAUUUUUAAAAAGGUGUAAAACCAAAAUCUUUUCGCUGGUUGCCAAAUGAAAAGAGAACAAAAUCUUUUCACCUCGAAGACAUCAGACAAUAGUAAAUCAAUCAAACAAAUCAGUUUAUACGAAUCUGCCACGUUAAAUUGUCGCUUUGGUCUAGAGAGAAGGCUUUCUUUAUUUGUAUAUAUAAACUGUGUUAUGCACUUUUCCUUCUCCACCAAACACACUCUCUCUCACACACAGAGGAAGAACAUGAGCAAUCUUCAAACUGUGAGAUACUUUAUUUUCUCUUAUAUCCCAUGGUUUGAACUUAAAGACAAAGUGGUUCUUGUGACAGGAGCUUCCUCUGGUAUAGGAAGAGAGAUCUGUCUAGACCUAGCCAAAGCUGGCUGCAAGAUUAUCGCAGCAGCUCGUCGUGUCGAUCGUCUAAAAUCUCUCUGCUCUGAAAUCAACACAACCGGAGUCCAAGCCGCUGCCCUUGAGCUAGACGUUUCAUCAGACGCAGCCACCAUUCAACAAGCAGUUAAAGAAGCUUGGAAAGUCUUCGGAAAGAUCGAUGCCUUGGUCAACAAUGCUGGAAUCAGAGGCACUGUUAAGUCUAGUUUGGAUCUAUCAGAAAACGAAUGGGACAAAGUAUUUAAAACCAACUUAAUGGGAGCUUGGUUAGUAUCCAAAUACGUGUGCAUUUUAAUGUGUGACGCUAAACAAGGUGGUGGCUCGGUGAUAAACAUCUCAUCCGUUUCGGGGCUCCACCGCAGUUUAUCUUACGGUGCAGUCGCGUAUGCUAGUUCCAAAAGUGGUGUUGACACCAUGACAAGAGCGAUGGCUAUUGAGUUGGGUGUUUACAAUAUUAGAGUGAACUCGAUCGCGCCGGGGCUUUUUAAGUCAGAGAUCACACAAGCUCUUAUCCAGAAAAAGUGGUUCAAGAACGUGACCGACAGGAUUUUUCCAUUAACGGCGGAACAGACCGUGGAUCCGGGACUCACCUCUCUCGUUCGCUAUCUAAUUCACGACUCUUCCCAAUAUGUCUCCGGCAAUGUAUUUAUCGUUGAUGCCGGAGCUACAUUGCCUGGUCUGCCCAUUUUCUCUUCUCUAUGAGUCCUAAAAUCUUUUUUUUUCUUUUUUUUUUGCUACAAUAAAUGAAAACAGCUUACACAUUAAGAGCAUCUAAAUAUUCAAAAGGUCUUUGAUUAGUUUACAUAUAUUAUAUGUAUGUUUGCAAAUCAGUUUAACAUGCCAUCAUUGGAUUCUGAAUCAGAGCUCAUCGUAUUUGAGUUCCACUUUAACUAGAAAUCUCUUCUCCAUCAAAGCUAUAUAACCACCGUCCAUCAUACACUCUUAACUCAUGAAUCCCUGUCAAAUGAUCAAAAAUCCCAUUAACUCUCAUCAAUAAACUGAUGAAGGCAAGAAAAAAGGCAUAAUGAAGACCCUCUUUCAUUCACUAUUCUUAGAACAUAGCAUGAAUCUUUUGGUACUUACAGAAUAAACGAGAACUCGGGUAGCAUAUAAAGAUCUAACCUCAGAUUUAUAUAUAUAUCCCUACAAAAGAAUAUUAAAACAACAGGUUCUUGUUGGAGAUCAAUUGUGGGAUUUAUGGAUUAAGGAUUGUUAUCUCGGUUUGCCCAAAUAAUGAGUGAUUAUAUUUGGAUUGGGCCUUCGGUAUUGAAUUGAUAGAUAUGGGGGUUUUAUGCAUAGAAACCAAUUUGGAUGUCAUUUAAUUUUAUGAUAGGCUGAAUUAAAUGACAAUGGUUCAGAACAGGUUAAGUUACGGUUUACUGGUUUGGUUGUGGUCUCUAGCUCACGUAUAUAUGAAAGUAUAUAUAUUCGGUUUAAUAUAUACUAUAAGGAGGGGAUGUAUAUAAGGUAGAGACAUGAGACCAUAAAGUUAAGGUUCAUAAGGUUGAAAAGUGGAUUUUGUCAUUUAGCUAGACAAAACAUAAGGAUUCUCUCUCACUCUCAUAAGGCAUACUUCCUCUAUUCUCUACUCAAGCUCCCAUUACUUAGUAGAGGGUCAUUCAGAUACGAAGAGCUAGAAGACCAUCUACCUAUCAUCUUUUUGUAAGAUGAGUUCAAGUAAGUGUUUCAAUCUUUCUUAAUUUUUAGUGAUAACCAUAUACACUAGUAGAUCAACGGGUCUAAGGAUUUAUGUGGAGUUGAUACCACCUCCAUUAAGUGUGCAUAAAUCCAUCAGUUCUAGUACUCAGCUCCAGUGAUUCAAGCAAACAAAAAAGAAUCUCCGUUAUAUAACUAUACUUCCACAUGAUCAGGACAAAGACGUGUGUUAUUCGUUAUUACCACGACGAGAUGAUCCGUUUGGUUAAAGAGAGAUGAUACAUGUUUCAAGAAAUUUGGGUUAUUUUCUUGACCUUGUGGAAUAUAUGUUGGAGAUGGAUUACAUCUUUCAAACAAGGCUCAUCAAGUAAACUUAAUUUGGUAUAUUUGACUGCUUAUUAUUUGGAGGAAAAAAGAAGUCUGGCUAUAAAAGAGGAAGACCUAGUUCAAAGAGAAAGCAUUCAUAAUCACACAGAAACCAGCACAAAAACUAGUGUUUAUUAGCUUUAUUGUUCUUGCUGAGUUAUUUACUCUUUGCGAUUUCAUUGUCAAUCAAUAAACGUCUUUCAAAUAAUUCACCAUUGAAUUUGUGUGUACAUCUUUUACAUACUAAAUUCAUAUUAAACAAUUGGCACCGUCUAUGGGGAAUUAGAAAUAAACGUCAAGUCAGAUCAAAGAUGGUUGGAGAAGAUCUCACCAGCACGGGCAUUACCCCUCCGGCAAAGGAUCUGGCCACUAUGAUGACCAUAAUGAAAAACUGAUGGAGCGUCUUAAUCAACAAAUUGCUGCAAACAAAAUAACCAACAAGUGCGUAAAUACCGCUUUCACGCCACAUGUUGCAGAUGAUGUGGAACCCGAGACCACAAGACGGCAACUCUAAAAAAAUCUCGGCUGAUCUGCGAACGUAUGCAUAACUUGGCUUUGUAAAAGAAGUGUAAGUACUAUUCCGAGUUAAAAUAUUACUGAAAAUGUGUUGUUUGACUUGUGUUUGCAAUGUGGUGGUUAUGUCUUGAUUGGACACUUAGCUAAUAUAUUCGGUUGUGAUUCGUUCAAAUGAUGAAAAUAACUCAGCUAAAGUCGAAAAGAAUUUUGAUAUAUUUUCUAAGUUUAUGGAAUCUAUCUGAUGAGAUGGAUAAACAUAACUUAAAUAUAUUAAAGUCGAGAAGAACCGCAAAAACGCGUAAAUGAGACAAGAUUCAUUACAAAAGAUGGAAAACUGCAAAUUUAUUGACCGUCCUGUUCAAGAUCCAGUUCAGUAGCCCCAGCAGGGCCGGGGCAGUUUCCUCAGACAGACCAGUAAGACCACCGAUUUAUUUGUGUACGUUCUGGUCCUUGGUGCCUUUCUCUAGGAUCUUUUUUUGAGGAACUUCUUCAUGAACCACCUCGAUGAGCUCUUGUUGUUCCACUCUGGUUUGAUAUCUGACAUCCUGACCUAGGUCUUUAGCUGGAGGGUCCUAUGCCGAGUAAUGCAAACCUGCGAGAGUCUUACGAUCGUCUAAGCUUGUUGCGCAACUUGGCUGACAAAAUAUAGGAGGAAACCUCAUAUAUGUUUUAAUUUGCUACAAGAGUCUAAUAUGUAAAAAUUGAAAUCUACCUUGAAACUAAAAUGGACUUGAUGGAAAUAAGAUUUGUUUUUAUGAAUAAAAGUUAGAUUCAUUAUAAAAAACAAUAUAAAUAAAGUUUUUGCCUGUUAUUUAUCCCUUAUGGGGAAAAAGCUGGGAUUACAGUUCUUUCAUGUGUCACAUUUUUACAAAAUUUAUUAAGGUGGCAAAGAAAUCGAUAUUUCAUAUAGAAAACGUGUGAAAUGUAAAAAGUUUAUUACUCCCUCUGUUUCUAAAUAAAUGUCAUUUUGACAUUUUUCACACAUAUUAAAAAAAAUGGCAAAAAUAUAUGUAAGUUGUUAUUAAUUAUAUCUAUGGCCAAUAGUAUUUGAGAUAAAUAAAAUUAUUUAUAAAAUCAAUGCAGUUUUCAAUUAAUUUUCAGCUGAAAGUAAAUAUAAUUUGCAUUGAAAUUGUAAAGCAAUAUUUUUCUAUAACAAAAAAGGUUAAAAUAACAUUUAUUAUAAAACAAUGGAAUAAUUACAGUGUGGAAAUAUAAGCUUGUGAAUUACUGUAAUCGAAUUAUUACGCAGAGGAUUAUUGGGCCAAAAGUGUUUCUCAACUUCUCAUAUCUUUAUUAUAAUCUUAGAACGAAGAUAAGCAUAAUAAAUUAAUUAUUGUAAACAGAGAAAUGCGUUGUAUUUAGCACUUUUUGGUUGGAACAUCAAUGCAUUGCAUUGUAUCUAGCUCAGAAGCAGACAUAAUAAAAUGGUUACUAUGAAUAGAAAAAGUGAAUUGUAUUUGGCUUGAUUUGUAAUAAUUUGAAAAGAGCACUUAUUAGGUAUAAUUAGUAGUCUGAGAGAGAUGGCAAACGGAAAGGCCAAACCAUGUUUGAAUACCAUUUUGGUGUGUAGAAGUUAUAAUGAUCAAAAUUAGGUUUAAGUGGGGCUAUUCAGAGACAGAGAGAGAGAGAGAGAGAGAGAGAGAGAGAGAGAGAGAGAGAGAGAGAGAGAGAGAGAGAGCAACUAAUUUAGAUAAAUAAGAUUUCAGAAUAAAUUUUUGAAUGAAAAAAUAAUAUGCUCCGUUUUUUUUAUGGUGUGGAACCUUAUUCCAACAUUUCUAAGACCUUGGUCGAAGCAUUCUAGCUCUGGCUAAUCUCUGGUCGAACCUCAGGAUUAUUGGGCAAACAAAAAACUCAAGAUUAUUGCUCAUUUCUAGUUCGAUUACCUCUUCGAAGCUUUAUUUUCAGAGAGCCUAUUUGACAUUGGUUUAAUUUUUACAUUCAAGUUAUGCAUUUUCACAUUUAUCCUGCCCCUUAGACCUACAAUUUUAGAACUAGCAAGUCACUAACUAUGCCUUUCUAGGGUAGUGUACUUACCUUAGGUACUGGCAAGCUCACGCAGCUAAUUAGUUAAACUAUCAAUCAGCUAGUGCAGCUUGUUCAACUAGCAGUCGAGCUAGUUCACCUAAUAGCUCAACUACGUUAGCUUGUUUAAUUCGACCAUUUGAUCCCAUAUUUAUUGGCUUAAGUCAUUCAUGUUGUUUAUCGGUUUAACUAAGCCUUUCCUAUUUUCAUACUUUGUUCUUAAUCAUUACUAAUUUGAACUAAAUCAUCCAAUAGUCUAUUUCGAAUCUACUAUCCGGUCACAUCCAUUUUUUUUUUGCGCGUAGUGCCUGCAGGAAACACUCGUUUUUCAUCGUUCAUAUAGAUGCAUAAUUACUAGAUUGGUUUGGAAAGUCUUAGUUGAGUCUAUCUACCUUGAUGACAAAUAAAAAUAAAAAAAAUCUGGUCCCAUCCACUCGGGUUUAUGACUUUACUUAUUUCUUUGAUCAUAUGCAUCCAGAAUUUAGUUUAAUGCAACAUAAAUCGGUCCGAUGUCUCGUCUGCAGAACAAAAACUUUCUAGGAUGCACAUGCUGUAGUCUAAAACCUUCUAAUCAACCGAGCGAAUGGCUAAAAGAUAUGAUCAAAAAUACCAAAAUAUUAAAAAGUGAGAAAUACAAUUACUAAUUGUUACCCUUUGUGAUUGGUUUAACCAGUAAACUAUAUGACUAAAUUUUGUUAGAUGAUGGAAAAAUAUAGAGUUAUUAUUAGGUUAUUAUGAAUAAUUUGAUUUAUAAAUAAUAUUUUAAAAUAUCAAGUUAUUUUAAAAUUAAAUAUAAUUUAUAUUUUUAAUUUGGUUUCGGUUUCUUGGUUUUAGAAAUUUAGUAACUAUUUGGAUAUGGGAAAAUUUCAUAAAUAGUCUUUUUAGUUUUUGUCUCCUAAAUAGUUUUCAAAAGUCAAACUUAUGAAAAUAUGUUUAAUUAAAAGAAUAAAUGAUAGUCUUAUACUCAUUAAUAAGUUUAAUUAAUUGUUUAAAUAUGUAGAUUAAUUAAAUAUUAAAAUAAAAAAUAAAUAAAAAAUCAAUCUUUUUCAGAAAAGAUGAUUAUCAAAAAAAAUUUAAAUUUUUUUUUUUUUGCAAAAAACGUUUUUUGAACUUUUUUUUCAAGAAACAAAUUUUCUUCAAAGAAAAUUUAGGAUGCCUUUUGUGAAUGUAUAUAAUAUCUUCCUGAAUUUGUAAAACAAAAUGCUCGAAUUUAAAAAUGCCUUCAUAAAUGUGUAAACAGACUUCUCAAAUAUAACUUGUAUGUUAUUUAGGAAGUUUUUCCCAUAUGUGUGUGAUAUUUUCCUGAAUUUGAUUUAUAUUUUAGGUGUUCAAUCUGGUAAAACUGAACCAAUUAAAACCAAGCCGAAAUAGAGAAAGUCGUUUGGAUUUGGUAAAUACAGAACAUACCGAAUGGAUGUUAUUUUUAGGAAACCGCGGUAUAUGGAUAUGGUUUGAUAUAUAAACAGAUCAAACCGAUUAUACCAA